AUGUUCAACGAGACUCAACCCCCGAAUAAAAGACAACGGCCAGGAGUAGCGACAAAUCUUUUGUAUAAACUUACUGAACUUGCCGCUUAUACAUCGGCCGUCGCCACCGAAGCAUAUCAAACAUUUACUGGCGUAGUUGGAGCAGACGGAUUACCGGCACCACCGCCACAACAAUUUAAUCAACGUAAAAUUAGCAAUGCUCCAGCUUUUAAUAAUAGGUAUAGUAUGGCCUUUGAUGGAUACGGUGAUGAUGUUAUGCAAAUCAAAGCAGACGACGAUGAUUGCGAAAUGGCCGAUGAAGAGUUCGUUGAAACCACUGAAGUUAAUAAAUUGAAAAAGAAUGAAUGCGAUUGGUCAAAUGUCAAUGCUGACGAAGAUGAACCACCACCACCAUACGAUAGUUCUUGGUCAAUGCCAUCGUCAUCUAAUACCUCCCCUGCGGUAGUAGAUACAGGAUCAGCAGCAGUAAGAUUUGCGGAGCAAGCAUCAACCUCGCAACAAGCACAACAAGAGCAGCAAAUAUCUGCUGAACCCAUUAACAUUAGCAAUAAUAAAUCAAAAUCAAUACAAACUACACCGAAACGUCGUCAGAUCCGUGUUCGACGCGGAAAUCGACCUCUUCGUCGAAAGUCCUCAGCCGCCAGUCUCACGAAUGCAUCGACAAUACCACCAUGUCAGUUUGAUGAGGAUGAUGACAUCGUAUUAAAACUUAAUGGAAAAUUGUCUGAUAUGAUUGCAGAAGGGAAAGCAGCAUUAACAAGUACAGUUGAUGUGACAGAAGUCGAGAUGAUUCUUGCUGAAGAAAGAGAACGUGAAGAACGUAUUCUGCGUGAUCUUGGUCAAUCAUCAUCAACUCGACGUCAUCGAAGAAUGGUUUCGUCGUCGUCAAGUGAUUAUGAAUAUUUCAAUUCACCAAUAGAGUCAAACAGUUACCCAGGAAUUAGUUCUUAUAAUGAUUAUAGUGGGUUAGGUAAUUAUUCAAGUGGUGCUGAAUCACCUUCUGGAUAUUCUACACCUGGUGGCUAUGGAAAUGCCGGCGGAUAUACACCAACAAGGUACGGAUCACCUAGUGGCGGAUAUUUUGGUGGUUCAACACUGGGUUCCGCAUUCAAUACCAGCACGCUUGGAUCAACAUUAGCCACAUCUUCAAUGGGCCUUGGUCUAGGAUCAUCAGCGGCAUCAAUUCCUUUUGGAACAUCAGCAUUCGGUUCAUCAUUGAUUACAAAUUUCAGUUCUUACCCAAACUUUGCGUCUAAUUCAAAUACUACCUCAUCGCCAAAUCCCGCAUCAACAACUAAUCACAAUACACGAAGAUUCUAUUAA